GUGAUACCGCUUUGCAGCUGGGAAGAGACAGUCUUCAGCAUGCGCGGAAGGAGCCCUCUCUGCAAAGGCAGGGCAGUUGGUUUUUAUGCCUCACAGGGUCUCCAUGACACAAUACCUAUUCAGCAGGUGUGGGGGAAGCUAUACAUAUUCAUGAGGGGGGCUGAGCGCAUGCACAGUGGGUAAACACACAUGUAACAGACAUCCCAUGUUCAAUUUUGGGCAGGGCUUUCGCAUUAAAAUGAGGUGGAAUUCAGCCUUUACCAUCAGAGGGUGGACGACAGGACAUGAAGACAGUUUGCACACAGUCUCCACGGCUGGCUGACACUGGCUUGAGGUCUGCCCUUGCUCAUCGGGGAAGAGUGUCCGCAAGGGGGGUCCUCUGUCCAGCCAGAGCUGUAGCAGUCUGGGUUGCGAAUCGGAGUUAGGAGGGGUCUGACAGGUUUCCUGGUGGCUCCUCGUGUCAGGGAGUUUAGCAAGAGUGUGGUUUUCCCUGUAGCUGUAGGAGUUCGGGAAGUCGCCACGCCAGGCAAGCCCUAACCCUCAGCCGGUGGGGACUUUCGGUUUCUCAACCUUAGGGCCUGUCUUAGUUGACGGAGGGCAUGUGUUGUGGAUCACAACCUAAGUAAACACUCUGCUUAUCUUCAUUUUACCUCAGUUUCUCCCUUUAUGUCGACAGGGGCCUGCAGGGAAGCCCAGAUAAGUUAAUAAAUCGAGAUACUUUUGGACAGCAGUAACAGUGAAAGUGAUAAAAUGAGAUGUCGUGGCAAAGAUUGACCAGGGGUAAGGUCGCCGGACAAAAUGCAGGACACUCGGUGAAACAGAAGUUUCAGAUAAAGAAUCAUUUUUAGUGUCAGCGUGUCCCACGGGACAUUUGCAAUGUUUGAGUCAUACUUGUGCUAAAAAAUUAUUUGUUGUUUACCUGGGAUUCAAAUGUAACUGAAUGUCCUGAUUUUUACUUUCUGAAUGUGGCAGCCUUGAACAGAAGGCCACUUAGAUGGGUCAUGAGGGAUCCCUCUCUGAGGAGGUGACAUCUGGGCUGACACUUGAAUGUGCAGCCCAGGGCGCAGAGGGGGCCACGGAGUGUUUGAUGUGUUUGGGGAACGGGGAGAAGGCUGGCGCGGCCGGAACGCCAGGAGCGCGGGCGGAUGUGCGGGGGUGCGGGCGGAGGGCUGGGCAGGGCCGGAUCGCAGAUUGCAGAGCCUUGCAGGCCGCAGGACAGGAUUCGGACAUUUCAUUCCAGGGGCAAAGGGAGGCCACCGUUUUAAAGCUGGCGAGUGAUCCAGUCCGAUUUAUGUUUUGAAAAGAUUAGCGCAGCUUCUUCAUGAGAAUUGUGACGGGGACGGCAGUGAGAGAGGAGGCGCGGAGGCCAGGCGGGAGACUGUGGCCACGGCCAUGACGCGGCUGAGGUUAGGGGCUGUGGCAGGCGGGACCUCAGGAAGCAGCCACAGAGGGUGCGUAGGGGGCGCAAAGCGUUUACUGCGGCCUCUGUAAGGUAAGGGGAGGGUGGGGGACCGGCAGGGGGAGGCUCCAGCUGACGCUGGUCCGACGCCUGCGAAGGAGGAGUGGGAAGGAAGCCGGCGGGCCGGGAAGCCUCAGCCUGCAGUGCAGAUCCGAUGGCGUUUGGAGAACCCAACCGACGGGAGUUCCGGGGCAGAGACUGCCCACUAGAGGAAUCUUCCAUUGGAAGGAAGUGUCGAGGCCCAGUGUCCCCUCUGUGGCUGACCAGCAGCCGCCAGGGAAGAGUGUGGUCCUGGCCUGGAGGUUGCAGCAGGUGGCCAGAGGCCGUCCGCUACCCGGCCCCUCGGCUGCAGGCAGGUUUCCUGUUGAAGGGAGACCUGGCAGCGCAAGCCCAGGCUGAUGCCCACGUGGCUGUGAAGGGCCAGGUGGGCAGCUUUGACGAGUGUGUGCCAGAUGGAGUUGACAGGAAAUAGGAGGAGGCGGGCAGGGCUGGCUCCGGAAGUUUGGCCUGAGCAACUGGGUGUGGCCACUUACCGGCUCCAUGAGUGGCUGGGGGCGAGGUGAGGGGCUGGGCGGGGAGUCCCUUUCCAGACUAGAGUUGAGUGGCCCCCAGGCGCCAGGUGCCAGGCGGAGACCUCGCAUCAGCGGGAUGUGUGACUCUCAAGCUUGGGGGAGGCUCAGUGCUGGAGAUAUAAUUUGGGACUUGCUCAUUUAUAGUCAGUACCGAAACCACGAGCCGGGGGUGGCCCCAUGGAAAGAGUAUACACAGAGAGAGAAGGGCUGAGACCGGGGCCAGGGGUCAGGGGUCAGAGGCCGAGGGCUUCCCAGGGGAGGAGCGGCCAGUGCAGUGGGAGGAGCGUCAGGAGUCAGGUGCCAGGAAGCUGGGGUGGGGGUGGGGGUGGGCGCCAGGGUAAACCGUGUCCCGUGGUUGGGAAAGGUGAGGACAUAGAAGCGGGAGAUGGAUGUGGCCUUGAGGUCAUCGGGGACAUUUUUAAGAACAACUUUGAUGGAACUGGAAUGGGGGGUGAGGGUGUGGAGACUGCCACUGGGACAGUUCAAGUUUGUUCUUAAAGAAGUGGCUGUGGCGGGAGCCCACGUAGGCCGCGGGCAGAGGGGUCAGCGUGUCCCCGACCGGGACAUCCAGUUACAGGACGCUGACAUCUCACCGUGCCGCUUCUCCGCGAGCCUCCCUGCCCCUUCUGUGCGACACUGCACCCCGCCGGCCCCCAUACCAUCCUCCUGCCGUGUCCUCCACGACAUUCACCACCUUCGAACAUACCCCACGUGCGCUUGUCUGGUGAGGUCGUCGUCUGACACUCUUCCCCAGAAAUUAAGCUCCAGAGGCCGGGGCUGCUGCCUGGUGGGAGUGGCUGCCGUCCUGGGGCUCAGCUACACAGACCCUGGGGGCUGGGGGGGAACAGUGAGCCUGGUGGAGGGGCCCAGACGGUGCUGCAGGCUGGAGAGGACAGGGAACCCCUGCUGGUCACCAGCUGAGUGGGCUGGGGGAGGUGUGAGGGCUGCGAGAGUGGUCGCGAGCACGGGAACGAGAACCUUCCAGAAGGUGCAGCAGGAUUGCCCGGUGCUUUGUGGUGACGAAUGCGGAGGUCUGGCGCCGCUCGGCCUGCCCUGUGACUCUCCUCAUCCGGUGCAGGCGUGGGACAGGCAGACAGUCCAGCCAGAACCGCGGUGUCUGUGGCAUGGCCUUUCCUCGGUCAGACUCAGAGGGAACGGAGGCCCCGAGAGAGCCGGCCCAGGUCCCAGAGUGUCUCCAGCUUCCCUGUCCAGGGCUCCCUCCUCCUCCAGACUGGGUUGCUGGGCCCAGCCCCCUCCCAGAAGGUCAGGCCAGCUGGAGGGCUCUUUGGGGUGCAGGACCAGGUCGGGGUGCUCUGAACUGGGGACCAUCCCAGAGCAGGGCCCAGGUUGCAGCAGGAGGAGCUUCAGGCCCUCCCCCCCCCAGGGCCCCGCCAAUAGUCAACACGGCCGGUCGCCCCGCCCCACAAGCAGUCCCUCACAUUCCAGCGGCGGCUCCACGGUCCCCAGGCCCCUCUCCCCCAGCAGGCUGGUCUCCGAAGGAUGCGCACGCUUCACCCCUGGGCCAGAUGCUGGCCCCUCUGUGUGGCCGGCGUUGGGGGAGUCCUCAUUUGUGCCUUCCUUCUCCUGGGCGGCUGGAGACUCCCCGGUUUCCAGCAGAGUUGCCUUCAGGCCUGGGAGCUGGAGGAGGUGUCUUCCCACUUUGGCGCUGAUGCUGCCUGCAAAGGUCUCCGGAGACAGAGGCGGGCUGCAGGAGGCAUCCUGCACCUGGAACUGCUAGUGGCCGUGGGCCCCGACGUCCACCAGGCUCACCGGGAAGACACGGAGCGCUACGUCCUCACCAGCCUCAACAUUGGGUCAGAACUGCUGAGGGACCCGUCCCUGGGGGCUCAGUUCCGAGUGCACCUGGUGAGGAUGGUCAUCCUCACGGAGCGCGAGGAUGCUCCCAACAUCACGGCCAACAUCACCGCGUCUCUGCUGAGCGUCUGUGAGUGGAGCCGGACGAUCAACCCCGCGGACGACGCGGAUCCUGGGCAUGCAGACCUGGCGCUCUACAUCACCAGGUUUGACCUGGAGCUGCCCGACGGUAACCGGCAGGUGCGGGGAGUCACCCAGCUCGGGGGCGCCUGCUCCCCCUCCUGGAGCUGCCUCAUCACUGAGGACACCGGCUUUGACCUGGGGGUCACCAUCGCCCACGAGAUUGGGCACAGCUUGGGCCUGGAGCACGACGGCGCGCCCGGCAGCGGCUGCGGGCCCGGAGGCCACGUGAUGGCGUCCGAUGGCUCCGUGCCCGGCCACGCGGGCCUCGCCUGGUCAGCCUGCAGCCGCCGGCAGCUGCAGCACCUGCUCAGCGCAGGACGGGCGCACUGCUUGUGGGACCCGCCACAGCCGCAGCCUGGACCCGGACCGGGACCCGAGAGGCACCUGGGUGAGGCGCUGCCCGGCCUCUACUAUAGCGCUGACGAGCAGUGCCAUGUGGCCUUCGGCCCCGCGGCUGUGGCCUGCACCUUCGCCAGGGAGGACCUCGUGAGUCUGCCUGUGGUGGCGGUGGCACGGGACAGGCCAUCUGGUUGGUCAGCACUGCCCAGCUCAUGUCCCCUCCACGUGCACUGUGAGCACUUACUGGGUGCCAGGUGUGGCAGAGAGGCACGACCAGGGUCAGCUUGGUUUAGUGCUGUCCCUCACCUCUCCAAAUUCUUAAAAAAGUUUGAACAAAAUCUUACACGUUUUUGUUUGGGUCCCACAAAUUAUGUAACUGGUCCUGGCAUGGCCUUUGUGCCCACAGACUCCUGGCUGAGUGAGGACACCAAUCCUAAACAGCCACCAAGGGUUUCCCACCACUGGGCCUGGAGUCAGCAUGGAGGACUACCUGGAAGAAGUGGCCUCCAAAGUGAACCCCAAGCAGGAGUGUGGCUGGCGCCCCAUAAGACAGACUUCCAGGGCUGCACAGGCCAUUUGUGGGCUGCAGGCACCUUUGCCUUGGUGGUCCCCUCCCUCCACAAAACAACUAAAGAUUAUAUUUUGGACAUGUGCCAGGCUCUGUCCUGCCAUACAGACCCGCUGGACCAGGGCAGCUGUAGCCGCCUCCUCAUUCCCCUCCUGGACGGGACGGAGUGUGGUGCGGGGAAGUGGUGCUCCAGGGGCCGCUGCCUCUCCCUCCUGGAGCUGACCCCCGUGGCGGCAGUGCACGGGCACUGGUCUAGCUGGGGCCCCCUGAGCCCUUGCUCCCGCUCCUGUGGAGGAGGUGUGGUCACCCGGAGGCGACGGUGCAAUAACCCCAGACCUGCCUUUGGGGGGCGUACGUGCGUCGGUGCUGACCUCCAGGCAGAGCUGUGCAACACCCAGGCCUGCGAGAAGAGCCAGCUGGAGUUCAUGUCGGAGCAGUGUGCCGAGACCGACGCCCAGCCGCUGCACCUCUCCCCGGGCGCCACCUCCUUCUACCGCUGGGGCGCGGCCGCCCUGCACAGUCAAGGGGACGCUCUGUGCAGACACAUGUGCCGGGCCAUUGGCGAGAGCUUCAUCAUGAGGCGUGGAGACAGCUUCCUGGACGGGACCCGGUGUGUGCCCAGCGGCCCUCGGGAGGACGGGGUGCUGAGCCUGUGCGUGUCGGGCAGCUGCAGGGCAUUUGGCUGCGAUGGCAGGAUGGACUCGCAGCGCGUGUGGGACGCGUGCCAGGUGUGUGGAGGCGACAACAGCACCUGCAGCCCCCAGAACGGCUCUUUCACGGCCGGGAGAGCCAGAGAAUACGUCACGUUCCUGACGGUCACGCCCAACCUGACCAGUGUGUACGUCGCCAACCGCAGGCCUCUCUUCUCGCACUUGGCAGUGAGGGUCGGUGGGCGCUACGUGGUGGCCGGGAAGACAAGCAUCUCCCCCAGCACCACCUACCCCUCCCUGCUGGAGGACAGCAGAGUCGAGUACACGGUGGCCCUCACCGAGGACCGGCUGCCCCGCCUCGAGGAGAUCCGCAUUCGGGGACGCCUCCGGGAGGCCAUCGAGAUCCAGGUUUAUAGGCGGUACAGCGAGGAGUAUGGGGACCUCACACGCCCAGACAUCACUUUCACCUACUUCCAGCCUAAGCCGCAGCAGGCCUGGGCGUGGGCCGCCGUGCGCGGGCCCUGCUCGGUGAGCUGUGGGGCAGGGCUGCGCUGGGUGACCUACAGCUGCCUGGACCAGGCCAGGAAGGAGCAGGUGGAGGCUGCCCAGUGCCAAGGGAGCCCGCGGCCGCCGGCGUGGCCAGAGGCCUGUGUCCCUGCGCCCUGCCCCCCAUACUGGGUGGCUGGAGCCUUCGGCCCGUGCAGCGUCUCCUGUGGGGGAGGCCUGCGGGAGCGGCUGCUGCGCUGUGUGGAGGCCCAGGGCAGCCUCCUGAGGACCUUGCCCCCGGCCCGGUGCGGAGCAGCGGCCCAGCAGCCUGCCCCGGCGGUGGAACCCUGCAACUCCCAGCCCUGCCCUGCCAGGUGGGAGACGUCAGCCCCUGGCCCAUGCAUGUCGGCUGGUGGAGCAGGCCUGGCCUCGAAGAACGUGACGUGUGUGAGGAGGGUGGAUGGCUUGGAGGCUCCAGUGCCCUCGGGGCCCGGCUCCAUAGGAGAGAGGGCACCUGUUGCUGAGCUGGGUGCUGACUCCCUGGGGGAAGAGGCUCCCUCCCCAUCGGGCAGUGCCAGGCCGGAGGCUCAUGCGGGACACGUGUGGACCCGUGUGGCGGGACCCUGCUCCGUCUCCUGUGGGCGAGGCCUGAUGGGGCUGCGUGUCCUGUGCGUGGACUCCGCCCUCAGGGUGCCUGUGCAGGAGGAGCUGUGUGACCCGGCAAGCAAGCCUGGGAGCCGGCGGGAGGCCUGCCACGCUGUCCCGUGCCCUGCGCGGUGGCGGUACAAGCUGGCAACCUGCAGCGCGAGCUGUGGGGGCGGGGUUGUGCGGAGGACCCUGUACUGUGCCCGGGCCCAGGGGGAGGACAGUGCCGAGGAGAUCCUGCCGGAUGCCCAGUGCCAGGGGCUGCCUCGCCCAGAGCCCCAGGAGCCCUGCAGCCCGGAGCCCUGCCCACCCAGGGCAGUGGUUUCUCAACCAGGGACAAUUUUGCCUCCCAGGGGACGUUGGCCACUCCUGGAGAGAAUUUGUCACAGCUGGAGAAGGAGACUUGCUCCUGGCAUCCAGUGAGCAGAGGCCGGGUGCUGCUGAACACCCUAUACUACACGGGACAGCCCCGUGACGCAGAAUCACCCUGUCCCAAAUGUCAGUGGUGCCGAGAGUGGGGGGCUUGGUUCGGGUCACUGUCCAGGCCCACGGAAGGCACGGCUUUGAGAGGCAGCACCGCACGGUCCAGAGGGCAGGGAAGUGUCGCCAGCCUGGGUUCCAGUCAGGGCUCUGACAAAUGCCAGCAUUAUUAUGUAGGGAAUGACCGCAACUUACCACAAGCAGCACUGAUGGUUUUACGACCCUCUGGCGGCAGAUCUGAUUUCCAUUUCCCAGGGCCCCCCGGGCGGCUCUGUGGGGUGUUAGCAGGUGCUGUGUGAUAGAGGGAACGAAAGGGAGACCCCAGCUAGGGGAAAGCGGUCUCUUCCCUGCAGAGCCUUUCAGAACCGUCCUGUGCCAGUGGCCCCGUGAGUGGACGGGGGCCUGGGGCCUGCCCGGGCACUGUCUGAGGCCACUCGGGCAGGGAGCCUCUCUCUGG